AUGGCCGAGCUCAUUAGCACCGUUGACCUUCGCAUUCCUGUCCUGGCCAGUGCUAAGCGGACCCCAGCAGCUAUAAAACACCCGGGAGCAGCUCCCCAGCUCCUCUCCUGCAGUAUGGCAGCACCUCGGGGGCCGAGCCCUGACAUCCCACAGCCCCCCUCCUCUGGUCGUCAUGACCACCUGUCCCACCCUGACAGCCCUGUGCCCCUCCAGGUCUCAGCAGCCUAUGAAGUGCCGCUGGGAUUGCCCACAGAGCCAGGGCGGGCAAAGGCGUCGGCGACGCGGGAGAGCACCGGGGCACUGAAGGCUUGGCUGGCACGACACCCCAGGAACCCCUAUCCCAGCAAGGGGGAGAAGGUGAUGCUGGCUGUGGUCAGCAGGAUGAGCCUCACCCAGGUCUCCACCUGGUUCGCCAAUGCCCGCCGGCGCCUCAAGAAGGAGAACAAGGCGAGCUGGGCCACACACAGCGCCUCAGAUGGCGAGGACAGCGAGGGCGAGGGGGUCCCAUCGGGCGCUGUCCCCAUUCCCAGUUCCAGCCCCGUGCAGGAAGGGUGCGGGGGCAGCCCCGAGGUGAGGACAGGCCUUGGGCAGGGCAAACAGCCCCAGAAACCCAAGAUCUGGAGUGUGGCAGAGAUGCUGGAAUCCCCCCCUAGCAAGAAUGGGUGUCCCCCGGGGGUGCCAGUGGUGCUGGAGCAGGUAUAGGGCUGGGACAGUCAUGUCCUGUCCCCAAGAGCACGGCAGGAAAGACAGCCAUGGGACCCAGCAGCUGCCUGGCCAAGGAGAAUGGGAGAUGUGGGUGGGGAGGAACACAACACAGUAAUAAAUGUCACUCUGUCUUGGGUCUCCUGGUGUUGCCUGUGUGCGGUGGGGAUGCUGGUGGGGGAUGCUGGCACAGACGCAGGAUAUCACAGGGGAUGCUGGCAGGGAUGCAGGGGUGCCAUCAGAGAUGUGGGUAACUUCACUGUCAGCACUGCAGUGAGCAGCCCCUCUGGAGCAGGGCAGGUCUAAGUCAGAGAUCAAAAAUAGACUUUGCUCUUCUUGAUAAAGGUAAUAAGAUGGUUAGCAAUAUUAAAUUAAUCCUUACAAAACAAAACCCAAGGAGGUUAAAUAGAGACUGGAGGCUCUGCAAAAAAAAAAAAAAUGCACAAUGACUACAAAUUAGCUGCAAAGAUGUCUUUACACAUUAAAGAAACUCCUCCACUCUUCCCCUCUGGGACACAAUGUUAGCGAACACGGGACUCACACAUGAGAAAGAAACACAGAUGCGAUGGGAGCAGCCCCACGAGGAGCACGGGUGCCACAGACAGAACUAUUUACACUAUGGACACGGAGCCGUGCUGGGGCCAGUCCGGCCACAGGAGCCCCCGGGC